UGUCCGCACACCUCACCCCACCCACCACACCGUUCUCCACGCGUCUCCCACCUACACUCUCACACGCGUCAUGCCCGAGGCAACAAAUCCUCCUUCCGCGGAUUAAUGGCGCCGCGCUAUAAGUGUCGCCUCGACCCUGCUCGAGAAAGCACGGCAGCUUCUCUAGAGAUUCCAGCAGCAUCGUCGGCUAGUCCAAACUAAAACAAAGGAGGUCGGGCGGCAUGGAGUCGGGCAAGGAGGCCGCGGCGAACGCCGGCGCGUCGGCGCGCGCCGGCAUGGAGAAGACGAGGGCCGCCGUGCAGGGCAAGGUGGACAAGGCCGCGGCGUACACGACAGGGCACAGGGAGGCGGCGGUGGUGAACAAGGAGGCGGCCGAGGUGAAGAAGCAGCAGCGGAUUCGCGCCGCCGAGGAGGAGAAGCAGCGCGCCAUGCGGGACCACGCCGCCGCCAAGGAGCGCGCCAGCGGCGAAGAGACGGAGGACCGCAACGGCGGUCACAGCCCUGCCCCUGCGGGCGGCCACGGUGAGUAAUGAGGAGCGCGCGUCCCGCCGACCCGAGCGACUGAGUGAUCCAGCAGUUAUACGUAUUCUUAUGGUGUUAACCGUGUCGUGUGUGUUUUCCGUAACUCGGGUAUUGAUGAUGUUUUCCGCUGCUGCUUGUGAUCUGUAAUCGAACGAGACAUGUGUAUAAAAUUGUUAGUACGGUACAAUUGUCAGCAGAA